AUGGACAUCGAUCAAGAAGCCUUGAAUACGGAGCCUUCCAAAUCUUCGCCGUCAAUAUUUCCAGAAUCUGCGAAGUCCGCACAGUCACUCCAGGAGGCUCUUCGUCUUGUCGUGACUGCUCGACAGCUCCAUGGCGUUCAGACUCGCGAGGAUAUUGUCCGGCCUAUCUUGAUGGCGAAUAAAGCGAAGUCUUUGAUGUCUAGGCCUCCUCUCAUUUCUGGUACUCCAGCUCCAGCUCCCGAAUCCGAAACGCCAGAUGCCGAAGCUCUCGUGAACGAAUUCAUGGAAGGCGAGGUCGCAGAGAAGCGAAUGUCGACAUUCGAAACUCUUCGCCCUGCUCUCGUCACACGUAUCGGCGCUCGCCGCGAAUCCACACAAGAGAAAACCGAACGUCUAAGAAAGGAGUACCUCGAACACCACGAAGCGUGGAUGCUCCACUGCGCUCGUCUAGACCGUCAAAGCCAAGCACCCACAACCGCCAACGCCAACGCCACCACCAACACAGACGAAGUCGCUCCUGCCCCCGGCCGCACCACCCGUCGCUCCGCAGCCGUCCUCGGCGACGCAGUCCGUUCUGACCUCGAGAUGGAGCAGAUCAUAGCCAGUCUUGGGAACGAAGACCUAUACGAUCCCGCACACCUGGCGAUCAAGAACGUCGCCGUGAUCCCGGAUAUGAUAUCCGUGACGAACGGCCAAGUGGAUUAUCAGUUCGACGACACGAAUAAGCUUGUGGACGAUCCUGCGAGUUACUAUGAUCCUUCGAGGGACGUGUCGACGUGGACGGACGAGGAGAGACAGGUGUUCUUGGAGAAGUUCGCCGCGCAUCCGAAACAGUUCGGGAUCAUU